GCUGAUCCACAGUACGCCAGCAGUGUAGCAGAAGCCCUGAAAAACCUCUUCCCGGCAGAGAUCCAGUCGGGGCUGCUGGAGGUGGUCUCUCCGUCCGUCCACUUCUACCCAGACUUCUCCCGCCUCAGGGAGUCAUUCGGAGACCCAAAGGAGAGGGUCAGGUUAAGGCUGCUGGACCCUCUCCGGGUUCGUCUGGAGGCCGACCGCAUCCUGUUCCUGUAA